CCCGCCGCGCGUUUUGUCCCGCGUCUCGCCCCGUCCGCCGCCUGACCGGCCGUCUCGUCCUUCCUCCCGCUCUCCCUCGGCUCGCUCGCGUCUCAAGAUGCCCUCGGCCACCAGCCACGGCGGGAGCGGCAGCAGGUCGUCCGGGCCGCCCCCCGCGGCGGGCUCCUCCGGCGGCGAGGCGGGGGCCGGGGCCGGGGCCGCGGCGCCGGCCGCCCAGCACCCCGCGAGCGGCACGGGCGCCGUGCAGACGGAGGCCAUGAAGCAGAUCCUCGGCGUGAUCGACAAGAAGCUCCGGAAUCUGGAGAAGAAGAAGGGCAAGCUCGAUGAUUACCAAGAGCGAAUGAACAAAGGAGAAAGGCUUAAUCAGGAUCAGCUGGAUGCUGUGUCUAAGUACCAGGAAGUCACAAAUAACUUGGAGUUUGCGAAAGAAUUGCAGAGGAGUUUCAUGGCGUUGAGUCAGGAUAUUCAGAAAACAAUAAAGAAGACGGCACGUCGGGAGCAGCUUAUGAGAGAAGAAGCUGAACAGAAACGUUUAAAAACUGUACUUGAGCUGCAGUAUGUUUUGGACAAAUUGGGAGAUGAAGAAGUGCGAACUGACCUGAAACAAGGUUUGAAUGGAGUGCCAAUACUCUCUGAAGAAGAGUUGUCGCUGUUGGAUGAGUUCUACAAGUUAGCAGACCCUGUACGGGACAUGAGCUUGAGGUUGAAUGAGCAGUAUGAGCAUGCCUCCAUUCACCUGUGGGACUUGCUGGAAGGGAAGGAAAAAUCUGUCUGUGGAACAACCUAUAAAGCUCUGAGGGAAAUUGUUGAGCGUGUUUUCCAGUCCAACUACUUUGACAGCACCCACAACCACCAGAAUGGGCUCUGUGAGGAGGAAGAGGCUACCUCAGCUCCAACAGCUGAAGACCAGGGAGCUGAAGCUGAACCUGAGCCAGCAGAAGAAUACACUGAACAAAGUGAAGUUGAAUCAACAGAGUAUGUAAAUAGACAGUUUAUGGCAGAAGCGCAGUUCAGUGGUGAGAAGGAGCAGGUGGAUGAGUGGACAGUCGAGACGGUCGAGGUGGUAAAUUCACUCCAGCAGCAACCUCAGGCUGCAUCUCCUUCAGUACCGGAGCCCCACUCUUUGACUCCAGUGGCUCAGGCAGAUCCCCUUGUGAGAAGACAGCGAGUACAGGACCUUAUGGCGCAAAUGCAGGGGCCCUAUAAUUUCAUACAGGAUUCAAUGCUGGAUUUUGAAAACCAGACACUUGAUCCUGCCAUUGUAUCUGCACAGCCUAUGAAUCCAGCACAGAAUAUGGACAUGCCCCAGCUGGUUUGCCCUCCAGUUCAUGCUGAAUCUAGACUUGCUCAACCUAAUCAAGUUCCUGUACAACCAGAAGCUACACAGGUUCCUUUGGUUUCAUCCACAAGUGAGGGGUAUACAGCAUCUCAGCCCUUGUACCAGCCUUCUCAUGCUACAGAGCAACGACCGCAAAAGGAACCGACUGACCAGAUCCAGGCAACAAUCUCUUUAAAUACAGACCAGACUACAGCAUCAUCAUCCCUUCCUGCUGCUUCUCAGCCUCCGGUGUUCCAGGCUGGGACAAGCAAACCUUUACACAGCAGUGGGAUCAAUGUAAAUGCAGCGCCAUUCCAGUCCAUGCAAACGGUGUUCAACAUGAAUGCCCCGGUUCCUCCUGUUAAUGAACCAGAAACUUUAAAACAGCAAAAUCAGUACCAGGCCAGCUAUAACCAGAGCUUUUCCAGUCCGCCUCACCAAGUAGAGCAGACAGAGCUUCCGCAAGAGCAGCUUCAGACGGUGGUUGGUACUUACCAUGCUUCCCAAGACCAGCCCCAUCAAGUGACCGGUAACCACCAGCAGCCUCCCCAGCAGAACACUGGGUUUCCACGUAGCAGUCAGCCCUAUUACAACAGUCGUGGUGUGUCUCGUGGAGGCUCCCGUGGUGCUAGAGGCUUGAUGAAUGGAUACAGGGGCCCUGCCAAUGGAUUCAGAGGAGGAUAUGAUGGUUACCGCCCUUCGUUCUCUAACACUCCAAACAGCGGUUACACACAGUCUCAGUUCAGUGCUCCCCGGGACUACUCUGGCUAUCAGCGGGAUGGAUAUCAGCAGAAUUUCAAGCGAGGCUCUGGGCAGAGUGGACCCCGGGGAGCCCCACGAGGUCGUGGAGGGCCCCCAAGACCCAACAGAGGGAUGCCGCAAAUGAACACUCAGCAAGUGAAUUAAUCUGAUUCACAGGAUUAUCUUUAAUCGCCAAAACACACUGGCCAGUGUACCAUAAUAUGUUACCAGAAGAGUUAUUAUCUAUUUGUUCUCCCUUUCAGGAAACUUAUUGUAAAGGGACUGUUUUCAUCCCAUAAAGACAGGACUACAGUUGUCAGCUUUAUAUUACCUGGAUAUGGAAGGAAACUAUUUUUACUCUGCAUGUUCUGUCCUAAGCGUCAUCUUGAGCCUUGCACAUGAUACUCAGAUUCCUUUCCCUUGCUUAGGAGUAAAACAUAAUAUACUUUAUGGGGUGAUAAUAUCUCCAUAGUUAUUUGAAGUGGCUUGGAAAAAGCAAGAUUGACUUUUGACAUUGGAUAAAAUCUACAAAUCAGCCCUAGAGUUUCAUGGUCAUUCACAAAACUAAAAUAUUUCCCUUGAAAGGAAGAUGGAAGGACUGGAGUGUGGUUUGGCAGAACAACUGCAUUUCACAGCUUUUCCUAUUAAAUUGGAGCACUGAAUGUUAAAUGCAUACCAAAUUAUGCAUGGGCCCUUAAUCACACAUACAUGGCUACCAGCUUUGACACAGCACUAUUCAUCCUCUGGCCAAACGACUGUGGUUAAAAACACGUGUAAAUUGCUUUUUAACAGCUGAUACUGUAAAAGACAAAGCUAAAAUGCAAAAUUAGGCUUUCAUUGGCACUUUUCGAAAAAUAUGCAACAAAUUUGGGAUGUAAUCUGGAUGGCCACUUCUGUACUUAAUGUGAAGUAUUUAGAUACCUUUUUGAACACUUAACAGUUUCUUCGACAAUGACUUUUGUAAGGAUUGGUAGUAUAUAUCAUUCCUUAUGACAUACAUUGUCUGUUGCUAAUCCUUGGAUCUUGCUGUAUUGUCACCUAAAUUGGUACAGGUACUGAUGAAAAUCUCUCAUGGAUAAACCUAACACUCUUCGUCACAUGUUUUUCCUGCAGCCUGAAGGUUUUUAAAAGGAAAAGAUAUCAAAUGCCUGCUGCUACCACCCUUUUAAAUUGCUAUCUUUUGAAAAGCACCAGUAUGUGUUUUUAGAUUGAUUUCCCUAUUUUAGGGAAAUGACAGUCAGUAGUUUCAGUUCUGAUGGUAUAAGCAAAGCAAAUAAAACGUGUUUAUAAAAGUUGUAUCUUGAAACACUGGUGUUCAACAGCUAGCAGCUUCUGUGGUUCACCCCCUGCCUUGUUAGUGUUACCCAUUUAUGGUUAUCUCCAGCAGCAAUUUCUCUAGUACUUGCACUUACCUUUUGUCUAACUCUAAUUGAAUUCUCCCUCUAUCCUGGAGGCAUUUGUAUUCAAAGUGGUGAUUCCUUCCCUCAGAUGCGCAGGGAGAGCCACAGGUUGGAUGCAGAUGGAGAGUUGAGGAAUUCAUGUACUAUGUUGAAAUUUGUGCUAGCAGUUUGAGCACUAGUUCUCUGUGCCUACGAACUUAAUGCUGCUUGUCGUAUCCCACUUUGAAUUCAUGGAGAAUUAAUUCCACCUAUUAAGCAAAGGCUAGUAAGUUAAUUGUAUAUUCUGUGCAGAAAUUGAAUUUUGUUUUCUGUCUUUAGCUAAGGAACUUUUCCAGUAGGUGCUCAGCUACUUAAAAAACAAAACUGUUAUCAAACAUUGAUGGUCAGACAACUGGAGUUUUGCUGGUUUUGUAACCUACUAAAAUGGAUAGGCUGUUGAACAUUCCACAUCCAAAAGUUUUGUAGGGUGGUGGGGAAGGGAGGGAUGGGAUCCUCAAUGUUUCUUUUAAAAUAAAGGAAGUUCUUGACUUUUCUCAUGUGUGGUUGUGGUACAUCGUUUUGGAAGGGUUAUCUGUUUACUUUGCAAAUGAGUAUUCUUUUCUAGCACCUCCCCUUGUGUGCUUUAAAUGAGAUCUGCCUGGGAUGUACCACAACCAUAUGUUAGCUGUUUUUAGGGGAUAGGUAAAAGAUUCGUGUUUUACUGGGUAAUCCCUAGAGGAUGUAUGCUUGCAGUUCGAUAUAUAAAACUAAAUUUGCUAUCUGUGUAGAAAAUAAUUUCAUGAUAUUUAAAAUCAAAAUUGAAGUAAAUAAGUUCUUUCUACAGUGAUCUCUAUGAAUCAGUUCAGCGAGGGGAGGGGGAGAAACGCUUUCUAGGUUCCAACUUCCAUGCAUCAGUGCAGAAGUGAGUGUAAAAGUGUUAGUGCUUUGAUUAUAUCUUGAUGUGUUUUUAAAAGAAUAGUUUGGUUUUUUUUGAAAUACUACAAUUUUUUUUGGCAGUCUACCAUUGUAAUCUAAAUGUAAAGCUUUUAUGCCUCAAUUCAGACUAUAUUUUUUAAAGGAGUGCCUCACUAUGGGGCAGAGAACUUUUUGAAACGUCUCAUUAAGAUCUGAGUCUUGGUACGAAGUGUUUUGUAUAAUAUGUGAAUACUUGUUCUACCUGCAGAAGGCUUUUUGUUUGGUACGUUGUAUAUUUUAGCACAGUUGCAAGAAAAUGAUUGUCACACGUGUCAUUGUAGCUUCUGGGUAUAGCAAGACUCCACAUAUAAAGUACUUUUGUAAAUGCACAAUAUCAGUCAUCUCACGUGGAUAAUGAGACUUCUAUUUUAAAGCUUUAAGGUAGGAUAUCAUUGAUUACCUUGGUUAGGGCAAGUUGUGUUUCCAGAUUCAAAUAUCCCUAAAGAAUGUGGAAUAGUUUUUCUGAUCAUUGUAUCUUGAUAUUAAAACAAAUAUCCUUUAAGUAUUUUUAAUCAGUUAGCUUCUACAGUUCUUUUGUCUCCUAUAUAUGCAACUCUGUUAUGUGGGAGACUUUUCCACUUAGAGGAGACAUGGGAAUGUGUGUUUAUUCUCCGUAGGCUCAUUAACUGAGGUGCUCUGUUGACAACCAAUUCAUAAAAUGUCGAAGGUAGUUGUAGUCAGCCUCCUCAAGUGUCUUAGGAAAUUGGUGGUGUUCAUUGUAUUUUCAAUAAUAUAUCUAACGGGGCAAUGGGAUGCAGGUAAGCACUGAGUUCAAACCCUUUAUUUCAUCUUUAAGCUCCUGAAUCCCCAUCCCAGUUGAGUUCUUGCUAAGCCCUGUACAUUUUAUUGAUGGUCGGUUAUAUUUAAAAGACUCAGUGUUGCCCUUGAUCCUUUCCCUUCUCUAAAGAGUUGACAGGGAGGGAAAAUGAAAGUAAAUUAAGGCACGUCUCUAUACUUUUUCCCAUUUUGAAGUCUACAGAAAUACUGGAAAAGACUAGUGGAUGUUUUAAAUUACAUUAGAUUAAAUCAUAUUAAAACCUGA